AUGGAUACAAGCGAUUUCGAUGACAUGUUGUUCGGUGAACAUGACAUGCAGGCCGCUCCUAGUGAUACGGAAGAGGAGGACUCAGAAGACGAGUUCCUGUUUGCAACUUCCCAACGGGAAAAUAUACCGUGGGAUACUGCCGCCGCGAAAGGCCUGCUGGCGGGCGGCUUUAGGUUGACUCGAAACGAUGGUCAUCAUAUCAAUGGCAUGAGCGAGAAAGAGGUUCGACGAGCGUGCUGGCUCAGUGAUACCUUCCUAACACGUCAGCAGGGGAUACUCGUUCCCAGUGUCAACGAUAACGAUAAUCUCGACUUGACAGACGUGCAAUGGGUUCUCAUUAUCGAAAAGGAGGCGACCUUUAGGUCAUUGAUGAGUUCACCACGGUGGCACACGUUGGGCUCGAGCGGAACAAUACUGACUGCGAAAGGAUAUCCAGACCUCGCUUCACGGAAAUUUCUGAGUCAAUUAGCUGCUAAGGCCCCUCAGAUCCCCAUGUACGCUCUGAUGGACCUUGAUCCUGACGGUAUCGCCAUACUAUCGACGUACAAAUAUGGGUCUUAUCGUCUUGCGCACGAAGACGUUACAUCCACGGAUACAGCCACACCAGGCUUGCCUAACAUCCGCUGGCUCGGUGUAAAGAGUCACCACAUGAGCGGGACUCCGCUAGGCGAAGUGCACACAGAGACGAGCACGAAACCUCAACUCCAAGGCCUGAUGAGACUGACGGCGCGCGACCGCAACAAAGCAGCGCGAAUGCUGGAGUGGAACCUGUGCGCCGAGGAGGGUCCCGAGAAGGGCUGGAGGCAGGAGCUACAGAAGAUGCUGAUGCUCAACGUCAAGGCUGAAAUACAGAUACUUGACGAAAUGCCAGGUGGAUUGGUGUCUUGGUUGAGCGUCAGGCUCGGGCAAACAACGGAACUGGUGCGCGUGCAGCGGAUGGAAGGCGAAAAGCCAGACGACGGGAUGCUCUUUUGA